AUGAGUGUUUCUGAGACCAAUCUACAAAUUGAUAACGUCAUGGCAGGUUUCAACCUCACUACCUCUAAUCAGUCGAUAUUUCUCCUUAUGGGCAUCGCUGGCCUGGAAAACGCCCAUGUCUGGAUUGCCAUCCCUUUCGCUAUGUCCUACAUUAUCACCCUCUUGGGAAAUGUCACAAUUCUAUUUGUUGUAGGCCAAGAGAAGGCCUUGCACAAGCCGAUGUACCUGCUGAUCUCCAUGCUGGCGCUCACAGACAUCGUCAAAACCACCUCCAUCAUGCCGAAUACCCUGUGUAUAUUUUGGUUCAAUUUGAAAGGCAUUACGGCGGGUGGCUGCUUCACCCAGAUGUUCUUUGUUAACACAGUUUCUUUUACGCAGUCAGCCAUCCUGGUCACAAUGGCCUUUGAUCGCUAUGUUGCCAUAUGUAAUCCUCUCAGAUACACCACCAUCCUCAGCAAUGCAAGAAUAGCUACCUUAGGGCUUGUGGGUUUGCUAAGAGCUGUUCUCCUCAUGCUGCCUCUGCCCCUCUUCUUAAGCAGGCUGCCAUUUUGUGCCAGCCGCACUAUCGCCCAUACAUACUGUGAGAACAUGGCCGUGGCAAAGCUGUCAUGUGGGGACAUUAAAGUCAACAGCAUGUACAGCUUGGUGGUAGCAUUUACAGUUAGUGGAUUAGACUUGAUGCUCAUUGCUCUUUCCUAUGGUCUGAUCCUCAGGGCCGUCCUCAGAAUCUCCUCCCAGACAGCCCACCAGAAGGCUCUCAACACCUGCACCGCCCACAUCUGUGUGAUAGUUAUCAGUUAUACUCCAGGCUACUUCACGAGCUUGACACACCGAUUCGGUCAGGGCAUCGCUCCCCAUAUUCACAUUAUCUUGGCCAACCUCUAUCUCCUCAUCCCUCCCAUGCUUAACCCCAUCAUUUAUGGGGCCAGAACCAAAGAGCUUCAUGACAAAGUGAGCAAAUGCUUCCGCAGAAUGUGA